GCUGGUCUUCUUCCCGUCACUUCCUCGUCCUCGGAAGUCUGGCCCAUCGACUGCAUUGCUUUUUCUUCGUCCCUCCGAAAUCUCCUUGAUGUGCGAAGCCGGAGUUUUCCUUCCUUGUGCGAGUGUUCCACGCGCCCUUUCUGUCUGCAUGAGAGGAGACUCCGAGGUACGGCUCGACGGGUUUCCUAUUCGUCCACAACACAAGGGCGGGCGAGUUGCCUAAGCUACACAAAAACAAAGCCAAACAUCGUAAGAGUUACAUUGUGCUUUUCCGAAUCGGUUGCUUGAUGGAUGAUGAGAAGGUGGUGGAGUUAUCUGCACCAUUAGGACACUUAGCAGCUAUUGAAUUUCAGAUUUUGACAGAUGAUGACAUGAGAAAGUUUGCUGUUAUGGAAGUUAAGGAUGCAAAUGAUGUAUGUGAUCCUAAGUUGGGCAUACCAAAUCCUUCCUCUAGCCCAUGCACAACAUGUGGCUCAGCUAACAUCAAAUUUUGUGAUGGACAUUAUGGAUUUAUUGGAUUGCCUAUCCCCAUCUAUCAUCCAGCCUUACUUCACGAAAUAGUGCAGAUUCUCAAUAAGAUUUGUCCUGGUUGUAAGUCACUGAGGAGGAGGAAAGUCAACUCUCGUGGUAUUUUGGGAUUUCAAGAAGACUCAGCAGAAAGAGAAGUUGAAAAAUCUAGUGGACAAGACUGUAAAUACUGUGACAGACGAGGUUACCUUAAGCAGUUGUAUCCACUUCCUAAAUUCAAGUUUACUGCAAAGGACAUAAAUGGAAGGAAAUGUAUGGGCAUAAUGAUGGAAGCCAAAGGUGGGAUGCUGGCUGAUGAUUAUUGGGAUUUUGUCAAGGCAGAUUCGACCUUAGAGGUUCAUAACAAGAACAUUGUUGGAAGGUUUCUUUCUCCUUAUCAGGCCUUUUGUUUAUUGAGAGUCCUAGAUCCAGCAUUCGUGCACAAAUAUGUUCAAAGGCGAGAAUCUCUUCUUAUAUCAUCUAUUCCCAUUACUCCAAAUCGUCAUCGUGUAGUGGAGGUGAACUCAUAUCUUGCUGGAUCAGCAUUGAUGACUGAUGAACACUCAAAGAUCUAUAGGAGGCUAGUUAGUGGCUUCAGCUCAGCUCACUCAAAAGAAGAUGUAGCGUGUACUGUAGGAAAUUUGGCAUUAGAUUGCUUCAAUGCAUGCAAGUUAAGAACAAGAACAUCUCAAAUCUCAGAGUCUGGUGGCUGCAAUACAGGGUUGAGGUGGAUGAAGGAUGUUAUUCUUGGCAAACGUUCAGAUUUUGCUUUUCGUAUGACUGUGGUUGGUGAUCCAAACCUCUGCCUAGGUGAAAUUGGGGUUCCAAUUGAGAUAGCUCAGAAGCUUGUCAUUCCUUUGCAUCUUAAUUUAAUUAACUGGAAACUUGUGAAGGCAUGUGUUGAAUCUUGCAUCCAUCAAAAGGCUAUCUAUAUUCGAAGAGAAGGUUCUCUGGUUUCAGUGAAUAGUAUGAGCCAACUUGAAAUAGGUGAUGUUGUGUACAGAAGUAUCAAAGAUGGGGACAUGGUAUUGGUGAACAGACCUCCAUCUGUACAUCAACAUUCUCUCAUUGCAUUUGUGGUACGGGUGCUUCCUUUGAAGUCUGUAGUUUCAAUUAACCCACUGUGUUGCAGACCUUUCUUUGGGGAUUUUGAUGGAGAUUGUUUUCAUGGAUUUGUUCCCCAGUCAGUUAAUGCAAGGGUGGAAUUACAGGAACUAAUGGCAUUGGAUAGGCAGUUGUUAAAUGGGCAAAAUGGUCAAACAAUUGUUUCCUUGAGUCAUGAUAGUCUGACUGCAGCACACAUCGUAACCAAAGGUCAAACCUUGUUUAAUAAGGUUCAAAUUCAGCAGCUGAGCAUGUUCUGUCAUGGACCAUUGCAAGAGCCAGCAAUUGUUAAGGCACCACUACUGAAUGGCUCUUGUUGGACGGGUGAGCAGUUCUUUAGUAUGCUACUGCCACAACAUUUUGACUACUGUAAUGAUAGAAAUGGUGUUCUAAUCUCCAGUGGCGAACUUUUGGUAUGUUCACAAGAUUCUGGCUGGCUUCAUAAUUCUAGUAGUAGCAUUAUUUCGUUUUUGUCCAAGCAUGGACCUUCUGUCGUCCUUGACUAUCUUUUUCAUGCUCAAAGGGCUCUUUCUGAGUGGAUAUCAGAUGAUGGAUUAAGUGUUUCUCUAUUAGACAUGUAUUUAUCUCGUACUGCAGCUUCAAGGAUUAAGAUGAUGGAAGAAGUAAGUUGUGGACUUGAUGAUGCUGAAUGUCUAUCUUCUACUACGCAUUUGAUGAUGAAGGCAGAAAGGGAAUUUCAUACGUCAAAUGCUGAUAUCAAACACAAACCAUUUGCUAAAGCUGCUAAUCAUGAAAGGAAUCUCCCUAGGCUGGGAUGUGAUUUGGGAGAUGCCUUCAAGAGAAUGUAUCCUGAUAUCAUAAAUGUAAUCCUUGAACAUAUUGAUAAGGAUAACUCCAUGUUGACGAUGAUAGGAGCUGGUAGCACUGGGAAUAUUCAGAAACUUGUGCAGCAAGGUGCAUGUCUCGGCUUACAAUCACUAAGGGAUGCUUCUUCAUUUAAGAUCCGGUCUGGGCUUCCAGACUCUCAGUUGAGUCAGUCGAAGGCUUCUCAGAUGCAUCCAUGUGUUGAAACAAAUAUUGAGUGCAGUCAAGAACGUUCAUCCUUUGCUGUUGUUAGAAGCUCAUUUUUGACUGGUUUAAGCCCUUUGGACUGCCUUGUGCAUUCAUCAUCUAUUCGUGGUGCCAGUUUCAGUGAUAAUGCUGAUGUUCCGGGGACCCUAGUUAGGAAACUGAUGUUUUACAUGCGAGACCUACUUGUUUGUUAUGAUGGAACAGUUAGGAGUGUGUAUGGUAACCAGAUUAUACAAUUUUCCUACAAAAAUUGUGAGCGUAUACAAUACGAGAAUGAUAGGGCAUGUUACAUGGCAAAAUAUUCCAAUUCUUCAAUUGUGUCACCCACUAAUGAAAUCAGUAGAUGUGCAAAUAAUGGAAUUGGUGGUCAUCCUGUUGGUGUGUUGGCUACCUGCUCAAUUUCAGAAGCUCUAUAUGGUGCUUUGGAUCAUCCAACCUGUUCAAGCAGUUCCCCUCUGCUAAUGUUCAAGGAGGCAUUGGAAUGUGGGAGCAAAAGCACAGGGACAAGUUCAACUGCAUCACUUUACCUAUCGGAAGAACUUGGACAAUGGAAAUAUGGUUACGAGUAUGGUGCAAUGGAGAUCAAAAGACAUCUUGAAAGAGUUAUUCUUUCUGAUGUUGUUGACAACAUCCUUGUUUUGUACUGUAAAGAUGUCGACACAAUCUUUGCCAAGGAAAAACAUAGUCCCUGGAUCAUUCAUCUGCAUCUGAAUGAGGAGGGACUGCGAAGAAGGGCUUUGACUGUUGGGUUUAUUGUUAAGGCACUUUGCACAGGAUAUGACACGUCCAGGCGAAGAGCAAAGACUGUCCUUCCUGAUUUGCAUAUGUCUGCAAGCAAUGCUUCUUUAUGUGAUAGCUCGGAUAACUAUGGCCAUAUGUGCUGCAUCAUGGUUGCUGAAGUCUGUUCUCAAAAUGAUAUUGCUGCUGUGCAUGACAGUUCCCACCAUUUGAAUGUUGUGAAGGCUUCGGUUAUUCCAGUACUUCUACAGACAACUAUUAGAGGAUCAUCACAGUUUAAGAAUGUGGAUAUUUUGUGGAAGGAUGGCAGCAAGAAGCCAGGGUUUCGGAAGUCUGGCAAACUUUAUCUGAGGGUUGUAUCUGACAACUGCCGUCCAAAGAAAUUAUGGAGUUCCCUUCAAGAAGCAUGUUCUGCCUUUACUGAUUUGAUUGACUGGGGACGCAGUCAACCAGAUAGUGUUGCUGAUGUUUUCCAUGGAUUUGGUGUAGAUGCUGCAUGGAACUGUUUUGUUAAUAAUAUGAAAUCUGUUUUCUGUGACUUGGGGAAGACCAUCCAUGAGGAGCAUCUAGUUGUUACAGCCGACUGUCUUUCAGUUACUGGAGAGUUUCAUGGGUUAAAUGUCCAAGGAAUUAAACAGCAAAGAAAUCAAAUGUCCAUUUCCUCUCCCUUUUCACAAGCCUGUUUUUCUAAACCCCUUCAAUGGUUCACAAAGGCAGCUAAGAAAGGGAUGGUGGAUGACCUUUCUGGGGCUUUGGAUGCUGUUUCAUGGGGAAAAGAUCCUGCAAGUGGGACAAGGGGUAGUUUUGAAAUCCUGCAUUCAGAUAAGGUUGAUGUUUCAGCAGGGUCUGGCAAUAUCUAUGCAAUACUCUGUAACUCGCUGCCAAAUUCCUGUAAAAGCUCAACACCAACGCCAAAACUCCAUGUGACAUCAAAAUCUAUGUCUAUGUCUGGUGAUCUAACAUUUGAAGAAAAUCAUAAAUUAAAAUACAAAGCGCUUUCUGCUUUGAGAAAGUUAGAUCACUGGGACCUUUCAGUGGAAUUGUACAACAAAUUGAAGUGCAUGUUGAAAAAAUACCAAAAAAUGGAAAGCAUACCUGACCAGGACAAGGCCAUUGUGUUGGAAGCCCUGUCGUAUCACCCUAGAGAAAGAGAAAAAGUGGGAUGUGGAGUUCAAGAUAUCAAGGUCGGGUCCAGUAUGGAAUUUCCGCAGUCUUGCUGUUUUGUGCUGGUAAGAACAGAUGGUACGGAGGAGGAUUUUUCGUACCUCAAGUGUGUUUCUGGUUUUGUUGGCUGCAUUUCACCUGCAAUCCGAGAUGAGUUUGAGAGGAGGUACUGUUGGAAAAAGACUUAGGCGAGCAUGCUACCGUAUGCAUUGCUGGUGUGCAAUUUGUUCGUGCCAAGUUGAGUGGUUCACAGGCCAGGGGAACGGCUCAUUAUGGAAUUUGAGUAGGAGCUCUUGAUUAAGAUGAUGUGGGUACCAUCUCCAGCUUUUGUGUUGGAUUACAAGUCAGUGAUAUUAACUUCUGCCAGAGAGAGCCUUGUACAUAACAUUCUCAUUCAGAUUGCUACGGGAUCUUGUACAUAGAGAACCCAAUGGCCAAAUUCUGCAAGCCGCCUUGAUUUACUGGAGAAGCAAUGUGUAUAUUCUCUCCUCCAGCUUUACCAAUUUUGUCCCUUCAAGAGGGGAAAAGAGAAAACUAUACCUCCUUUGGGCAUUAAUUUUUUUGUAAACAAUCUCAUCAUAUACGCAAUAAAAAUUCACAAUUCUUCAAGUAUGUGACAGUUUUUCUUUUGGAUUGAGAAGCCUAAUAAAGCUCAUUUCAGUCUGUAUUCUUUAA